AUGGCCUGGGCGGAGCCCGCACACAAGCCAGACUUUUCGCGUGACAUCGCGCACAUGUCGGACGUGACUUAUCAUCUGCAGAAGCAGUGUCAACACCCAGAUCUCGAUCACAGUGUGGUUGCACAGUCUUACACUUUUGGUGCUCCGCUGGGCGCAUGUUCGUUAACUCGUGUCUGGUCAAAGGAAGACACCCAUACCCUAACUCUUCAAGCAAGAGACCAGCUGGGAAAGACGAAGUAUACGGUAUCAUCAAUCCAGCAGGAGGGAUAUUGGCAGCGCCUUGAGAUUGCCUUCGCGCGAGAAGCUAAUGAGUUUGUGGACGCUGUGCUGGGUGAUCGGCCGGUCCCUGUGGUCUUGGAGACUGGCAUCAUGGUGAUCAAAAUUGGACAGACCUACAGCAGGCGUUGA